AUGAUGAAUUCCAUCCCGAUUGAUCUUUUUCUCGAUAUAAUCUCAAGAUUACCUGCAAAGUCAGUGGCAAAGUGUUUUUUCGUAUCGAAGCAAUGGGCGUCCAUGCUUUGCCGUCCAGAUUUCACUGAGUUGUUCCUCACCAGAUCCUCCGCUUGUCAGCGUCUCUUAUUCGCUAUCAGAGAAGUUGAAAACAACGAGUGGCACUUCUUCUCGUCCCCUCAACCUCAGAAUCCGUAUGAGACGUCGUCUCUUGUAGUAGCCGCAGAUUCUCAUAUCAAGUUCCCUGAAGGGAUGUGUCCUGAAUUUUGUGAUUAUGCCUCUGGUUUGAUCUAUAGCACGGGACAAUAUGAAUGUAAGGUUGAGGAUAACGUGAAUGUGAUAUGUAACCCUAGCACGGGACAAUAUGCUAGCUUACCUGAAUUGGGAACGUACAGAUCCUCAAAAUAUUACCUAGGGUUUGAUCCGAUUGACAAGAUAUUCAAGGUAUUGUAUAUUGGUGUUAGAAUUAUGACAUUGGGGAAUGGGGCAAUGAGGUGGAGGAAGAUCCAAUGCUCUUUGACCCAUCAUAAUCUUUUCAGUGAAGGGAUAUGCAUCAAUGGAGUUUUGUAUUACAUAAGUGGACAAAUUGGUGUAACGUCUUAUGUGAUAGUUUGUUUUGAUGUUAGAUCAGAGAAAUUCGAUUUUAUUGACGCAGAAGGCUAUUACUCUAAAUUGAUAAACUUUAAGGGUAAAUUUUGUAUGGUUGAUUUGAGUUAUAUUCGCGAUGGUGGACAUUCUCGACACCUUGAGCUGUGUCUCUCGGUGCUAGAGGAUGUCGAGAAACGAGAAUGGUCGAAACAUGUCUACACUUUGCGAGAUGAUAAAUUCGAUACAGACCGCAAUGGUUUCCUCCGUGUUCGGGUCGCUGGAGUGACAGCUACGGGUGACAUUGUUUUGUCGUCGAUGGUGUAUGUUAAAACAUCUAAGCGGCCGUUUUAUGUUUUCUACUUCAAUCCCGAGGAGAAGACUCUAGACAGUGUUGAAAUCCAAGGUUUUGGAGAUAUGUCUAACAUUAAUGGUGACAGUGAAGUUACAGCCUUUGUAGACCAUGUAGACGACCCUAAGGUUAGUAUUAUGCUGCAACAUCGUCUAAAGCUCACAUGCAACAACUAUGAGCCAACCAGAACACAAGCAUAA